AUGAGUAGCUUUAUUUAUAAGGGACAAUUAGUUGGCCACAACGGAUGGGUUACCUGUUUGGCUACCUCCCCAAGCAAUCCAGAUAUCUUGGUUUCUGGUUCCCGUGAUAAGUCCAUUGUUGUCUGGGACUUGACCAAGGAACAAGGAGCUUAUGGUGUUCCAAAGAGAUCCCUCACUGGACACGCUCACUAUAUUUCUGACCUCUGCAUGACUGCUGAUGCUCAAUAUGCCUUGUCCGGAUCAUGGGAUAAGACCUUGAGAUUGUGGAACUUGAACACUGGUAAAUGCGAGAGAAACUUCUUGGGACACACCAACGAUGUCUUGUCUGUUUCCUUCUCUCACGAUGACAGACAAAUUGUUUCCGGAUCUCGUGAUAAGACCAUCAAAUUGUGGAACACUUUGGGUGAAUGCAAGUACAACAUUGUUGAUAGAGGUCACAAGGAAUGGGUCAGCUGUGUCAGAUUUGUUGCUAACAAGGACAAGCCAUUGAUUAUUUCUGCUGGAUGGGAUAAGGUUGUUAAAUUGUGGGAUUUGACUAGCUGCACUCUCCAAACUAACUUGGUUGGUCACACUGGUUAUAUUAACUCUGUCUGUGUUUCUCCAGAUGCUUCCUUGUGUGCAUCAGGUGGUAAGGACGGUGUUGCUGUUUUGUGGGAUUUGACUAAGGGUGAACACUUGUAUCACUUGCCAUUGGAAGGUAACGAUGUCAUCAACGCUUUGGCUUUCUCUCCAACCAAGUACUGGUUGUGUGCUGCUACUGAUAAUUGCAUCAAGAUUUGGGAUCUCCAAUCCAAGUCAGUCCUCGCUGAAUUGGUUCCAGAAUCCAAGAAUGAUAAGAAGCCAGCCUGUAUUUCUCUUGCUUGGUCUGCUGAUGGUACUACAUUGUUCUCUGGUUACACUGAUAACACUAUCAGAGUCUGGGGCUGCUACUCUCAAUAA